AGCUACACCGGAUGAGAAGCUGCGACUGGACUUACGAUUUGGAUCUCACUGCUUCCCCUCGAAUGGGCAACGACUACAAGGCAGACCGCUGCGACCCCUUCCGUGUCUCGUCCAUUCCAAAGCAGCAUCUAGGACGAUAAAUAUAACCUCGCAAUCACGACAUCCUUUAUACGGGACUGGGGCCACCUCACCCCAUCUCUUUCUGGUGGUCCACGGCGAUUAGCACCAAGGCAACACACCUGAGCAAUCGAGCUAGUCUUCGGGCUUCCGCCGUCUCCUCGCCUACAACGUCUUACCUGGUCAAUAUAACUUGAUACAGUGCCUUUAGCAUUUGUCUCUCUUUUUGCCUCCACACUCCAUGUUCCUCAUGGCCAUGCCGCCCCCGAUGCUCAACUAUCAACUUCCGUCGCCCACCCCCGAUGAGGGCGACCCAUCUUCCGACUCGCAAAAACCCGGUCUCAUCCGUAUACAAAUCACCCGCCGCCCUAAUUGCCGUACCCGAGGGGAGCAGAGCGUCCUCUAUACGAGCGGUCGCGUACGCGUCCUGUCCCGCUUUGCCACGGGAAGCGACGAAUUCAUUGUCGUCCUCGACAAGCCUGCUGCCACGGCGUCUAGUCCGCCAGGGACAUCUACGCCUCUCUACUUCUGCUCCGACGGCAGCCUUCCCGACGAACAAGAACGACGCCUCACGACGCCGCCACCCGUCUAUGCGGCUUCGCACGACCACCCCUCGACGCACUUUGAGGCGGAUCCGACCACCGACCCGAACGCGUCUCUGCUCCUGGACUUGGCUCCCCUGGAAUCGAGGAGAGCCAACCCGGCCCAAACAUUCGACGCUAUCGAGGAGGGGCUGGGGGUUCGUAGCGGCUCGCGUGGCUCUUCGGAGGGCGGACAGACGCGAGCCGGGCAGUUGUGUCCGUGGUUCCGGACGAGGUUCCCCGAUGGUAGUGCCGGGCGCUCCCGCUCGCCACCACGCCGAGACGGUGUCAGGAUGAACAGUCGGAGACGACAAUCGUCGCAGAGUGUAGAGUCAUGGGAGUCGUGGCUCACUGUGGCCUUUGUGUGCGCCGCGAUUGGCUUUACCCUCAUUGGUCUUGGCGCUAGAUACGCUCUCAGGGGUUACUAUUGCCCGUGAGUCCAGGAAGAGGCUGGCGGGCUAAUAACCAAUUACUCCUCGCACCAACUGAGGGGAUUGGAAGGGAUACCUGAGGUACUCGCAGAUAGGAGAUGGAGGUUUACCUUACCUAGCCGGGCGAGUAUCGUUUAUUGAUAGUAUACAUUACAGAAUAGAACUAGCAAUCAGCUGCAGAGACGAGGUAACCCCCUAAUCAAGGCCC